UUGGAUCUAUAGGAAAUUUCUCAUGGUCAAAAUCGCAUUUUGAGGGCGAAAAGGACCUGUCUCGUAUCUGCGGAUACAACUGAGUCGCUCGUUUUGCGGCUGAGAAAUUUGCGGGAAACGUAUCAAAAUUUGAGUUCGGGAGUUGGUGGCCAUGUUUCCAACAGAAGUUAAGCGAUUUUAAAACUCGCGAAUGGUUGCACCUACAGCAGAAGUUAACUAUGUCUCAAAACGACAGCGAGGAAGAGAUCUGGGGGUACACAAGCCGUCUGAAACGGCAACAUCACCGGGAGCAGACGGGUGGGGAGGGGGGCGCGGACUCGUCACCUCCCCCUUCUCAGGCUAAAGGAAAGACUCAUCGCAGGAAAGCUACCACUCCCAAAGGGAAAGGAAAAACUACCUCCAAGUCAACAGGCAAGUCUCCACGGAGUAGGAAGUCAGGAGAUGCCAGUGAGACUCCGAAGCGCACCGUUCACGAGGGCUUCUGCCCAAACUGCCAGAUGCCGUUCAGCCUCUUAUUGGUCCAGUCUCCCCGCUGGCACGUGGCUGAGUGUAUGGAACAGCCCAUUCAGGCAGAAACAGAAUGUCCUGCCGGCCUGUCUUGUGACUGCACCAUCCCGUCUCACUACCGGCGGUUCCGCCACACCCUGCUGGCCAUGGGGAGGGCAGGGCUGCAGGACACGGACCUCAUACCUUCUCAGGGAGACAAAGUCUUUCCAGAGGACUGUGACAAUGGAGACACUGCCACAUCAUCUGUUACCUCUGCCUGUACCGUCCAGGAUGGUGGAAGAAAAAGAGAGCUCUCAGUCAACUCUUUAGAGGAAGUUCCUUCUCUGAAACGUAUGAAAAAAGGCAGCAUUUCAGAAGCAGAAAGUCCAACAUUUGCUCAAGAUGAACAAAAAAGAAAAGGAGCAUUUUUCUUCAGCAAAAUGACAACCUCAUCAUCAGAAGGCAUUGCAGACAAAGCUAAAGGCAAGACAUCAUCAAAGCAGGGUGGUAGUGAAGUGAGGUCUAGACAUUUUCAAGUGUCAGUUAAUUCAGGUUCAAAUCCCAUAAAGCUGGAAGAUCAAACACUCCCCAAACUUCCAAACAUGUCAAAUACAGGUGACCAAGGAAAGGUGAGCAGUAUACAAGACUCUGUGCAGAAGAUGGAAACAACAGAGAUAGCAACAGAUGAGAGGGAAGACCAGGAGAGUUUAAGCGACAUAGACAUGUUUGGAGACGACAGUAGUGAAGAUACUCCUGAGAUAGAUAACCCAGUGAGGCCAAGUCAAGAAGGAAGUGAAAGUUGCAGCGAUGAAGACAUCUUUGCCUGUAAAGAUGGGGGAGAGGAACCUGUCAGUGAGGAGGAAGGUGGAGACAAGAAUGAUGAACCAGAGUUUGACAUAGAUGUGAAUGACCUGAUAGGAGAAAUGUCAGAUUGGAGAGAGGGUGAGAGUGAUGGAGAUGAUGAUGAUGAUAAGCAGGAAGAAGACAAUGAUUCUGAUUAUACUGCUGGAGGAAGCCAAAGUUCUGCACACAGCACUGUUCUAGAAACAAAGUCUUCCUUACCCCAAACUUCCAGUCAAGGAGAGGGUGCACCUAAGAAACAGUCUAGAAUAUUCUCCUUUUUCAAACCUGUCUCAGGGAGUUCUGUACCGAAAUCUGCACAGGAAAAGCUUGAGGUAAAACAUAGAGUACAGGAAGGAAGGACUUCCCAGUUGGACAGGACUGGAAGUGUGGGUACAUUCCAGCCGGGGUCAGGGUCUCAGACAAGGGGGAGCAGGAGUUGGAAUGGUGGAGCAACAUUCUCAUACCCAAGAGGAGAUGCACAGGGAGCACCAACAUCUAAACAGUGCCCAUUUUACAAGAAAAUACCAGGAACCACAUUUGUUGUGGAUGCCUUUCGCUAUGGUACCAUCCCGGGAUGCACGGCAUACUUCCUGAGCCACUUCCACUAUGAUCAUUACCAGGGGCUCAGCAAGCACUUCCGACAUGCUAUCUACUCAAGCAAGGUAACCUGUAACCUUGUGAAGAAGAAGAUCCGUGUGGCAGACAGGUACCUGCACCUCCCCUGGGCACCCCCUGUAACCGUGGAGGGGGUACAAGUCACUCUGCUGGAGGCAAAUCACUGCCCAGGUGCUGUGAUGUUCCUGUUCCAGCUGCCAGAUGGGAAGAACCUGCUGCACACAGGAGAUUUUCGAGCAGACCAGUCAAUGGAGUAUUACCCUGCACUGACUGGACGCAAAGUUCACACACUCUACCUGGACACCACGUACUGUGACCCAGCCUACAGCUUCCCUGCCCAGACUGAUGUGAUAGAGUUUGCAGUCAGUGUGGCAGUAGAGGCCGUACAACAGAACCCUAAAACUCUCAUUGUCUGUGGCUCCUACACUAUAGGAAAGGAAAGGGUCUUCUUUGCCAUAGCAGAAGCCUUGUGCUGUAAGGUUUGUGUGACUCGUGAGAAGAAGAACACGCUGGACUGCCUGGAGUCAGACCAGGUGAAGAGGCUGGUCACCCUGAAUGGCCUGGAAACCAGACUACAUGUGCUACCCAUGAAGGACCUAAAAUUCAAUAACCUGAAGAGCUAUCUGGAGAGAUACAAGCCGCGGUAUGACAGUGUGCUCGCCUUUGAACCAACAGGCUGGACCCACAGCAAUAGUGUUUCCACUGUGGCAAAUAUCAGGCCAAAGAGACAGGGCAACAUCACUGUAUAUGGUAUUCCGUACAGUGAACAUUCCAGCUACACCGAGAUGAAGCGGUUUGUGCAGUUCCUGCGGCCGGUGAAGAUUCUGCCAACUGUCAACAAUGGAUCACCCAAGUCCCGCCGUGCCAUGGAGAGGAUCUUCCAGCAGUGGUCGUCCGAGGGGAAACAGCAGUCUAUGGCAUCAUGGAUCAAAUAGAGCUGCAAAUAAUGCAGAGCACACUUGAUAAUGUUUCAAUGUCAUUCAACUCUGACAAAAUUUAUUUAUUUAAUCUUCAAACACCUGGGUAACCCCUAUGACAUUUCUUAAUUUCCAAGGGGGCCCAGAAUACAUAAAAUGUAGGAGACAUUAGUACAUAGGCUACAUAAGAUAUAGUUACAUGUAUAGCCUGUUUCAGAAUUUCUCUUCUUUUAAGAAAUGUGAUAUGAUGCGUAACGAGUAGCUACAAAGUCUUUACUUAUUGAAAAAGUGAAUAGAUUAAUGGAGUAAUUCAUUAAGAUAUACUAUGUAAUAAAGACAAAUAUCUUUCAUAUCUUUGUGUGUGGUACAAGAGCAUAAACCAAUGUGAUGAAAUCUUUAUUUGUUGUUUGUUGUUUUUUUCAGUCCAAAAAUAAAAACAGUUGUUGCAGGGUGUCCUGCUGUUAUUCCUUUAUUCUGUCAUCUUGUAAAUAUGAUAUCUGGGGUAAUCCUAGCCUUUUGUGCGAUCACUUUAAGUUAUUUACAAAACACAUUGGAGAAUUCAAAAGAAAGAAGCUAUAAAAAAGUAUUCCUAACUAAGGCCAUACAGCCUUAAUAAAAUGGAUGACACCAAUUUCCAUCCAUUUCAAAAACAACAAAAAAGCAUGCCAUACUGUUUAUUUAGAUGUUCAAAGGAAAAAAAAUAAUGAUGCCAAUCUUCAUAAUCAAUCAAUAUGAUUGAAGC